GCUGCCAGGCCAGAGCAGCACAAAACAUCCACUCACUCACCAACAUUGGUAUUAGUUUACUCAGGCUGCUGUAAUAAGGCCUGGCUAACUGAGUGGCUUGAAUAACAGAAGUAUACACUGGCCCCCUUGGACAGUAAUGGGGGAGCCAGAAGUCCAAGGGUGACACUCAAGGACAUCAGCAGGACUGGUUCCUUCUGAGAGCCAAGCGAGAGAUAUGCACAUGUCUCCUAGCUUCUAAAAUGGUGUUCCAGCCAUUUUUGGCACUCCUUGGUUUGUAGGAGCAUCACCCCAUCGCUGCCUCCUUGCAUUAUUACCUGCUGAUGUUCCCUCAGGCCCUUGCUCUGAGCCCACAUAUACCUGUAAUCUUCUUGCUUCUUAUAGGGUAAAGCUUUAGCCUUCCGAGACACUGGAUCUCUCAGACCUGGAUUCUCACAUCCAUCCCCAUCAGCAUCUCGACUGUAACAUCCCUUGAAAGCUGACAGCAAGGAGAGGGACAGCUGUUCCCCCAGAAUUAUCUUGCACACUUCCCCAGGGCUGCUCUCAUUAGCUAUGUGCCCAACCUAGUGUUAUGGGGUAGGAUGGGGACGGACACACACACACACACAAGGAAAGAAAUAGAGGUCUCCAGUUACCACAGGCCUAUAGAAACCCUGUGCAUGAGUGUCCCAUUCAGUGAAACAGGCAUGGCACUGGGCAGCCCUUUCCUGCCUUCGCUUCCUCUUCAACUGGCAUUACAGGAUCUUGCCCACUGGGGAGCAGAGCUCAACAGAGGGGCCUCGAGCCAGUUGUAUAGAGGGCUUUGAGGAUAAGGGAAAAGGUUAGGUCAUGUGGGAUUUGGAUAAGGGAGGAAGAAAAGGAGUGGGCAUUCCGAGCAGGACAGAUCAUACAAGCAAAGUGAGUGGAAAUUGGAGUGACUGCUAAUGGGGCUGGGGAACUCUCACAGGUCCUAGAGGAAGGGAAAGAGAGAAAGAGAAAAAAAAGAGAGGGAGACUUCUCUGCUGUGGUACCUGCCAUACUGACUCCAUGCAGUGCAGGAGCCUGGAACUGGCCAGACUCUGGUGUUCAGCCGCCCACCCAGCAUGCCUACUCAUCAGAUCUAAUACCAGACCAUCUGUAAUCAUAUACCCCUGGAUUAUCACUGCUGCUUCUAUUCUCUCUCCUAUGUCCCCUAUCACAGAUAGUAUCUACCUGGGCUGCCAGCUGCCCAGGCUAAAAUCCAGAAAUCACUUUGGCCUCCCCUCUUGCAACCCCUGCACCCAAGUUCCAGCAACCUCUCCUGGCUCCACCUGGAAAAGCAGACUUAGAAGCUAUUCACUUCUCACCAACUCCCCUACGCCUCAUUCCCAGCCUAUGCCACCAGCACCACUUGCCUGGACUGUUGCCAUAACCUCCUUAUUAGUCCUGUCUUUUCAAGUGCAUGUUCAAGUCACAGGGAAGGUGGGGAGGUAGGGGGGGAAGAAUCUAGCGAGCAUCCCUGGCAGGAUGGGCAAAGGUUGUGUUGGUUUGUGCAGGGUGCAGCAGGCAGGGGGACCAGGAGCUGAGGCUUGAAACCAGAGUGCAAGUCCAGGGGAACUGGCUGAGACUUACUCUGCCUGAGGCCCCACAAACCAAUCACUUGUCACCCUGAUGGAGGAUGCAUCCACACUAAAUCUGUGCUGGCAGGCCCAGUGCCAGGCCUGUCCUGUGCUCCUGAGGGAGCAGAGGCACACAUAUGUGAAUAUACACAUGCACUUGUAUUUGUGAUACCAAUGUGUGCAGCCAGGAGGACUUGCCCAGGCUAAUGACAAUGUCCACAUGGUUUAGAGGAUGGUAUCUUGCCCUACCCCAACACGUAUGUGACUCCCUCUCCCUGUGUUCCCACAGCCUGCUCUCAGACAAGGACCCAAUGCCCAACCCCAGGCCUACCAAGCCUUCGGCCCCUUCCUUGGCCCUUGGCUCAUCCCCAGGAACUUCGCCCAGCUGGAAGCCAACACCCAAGGCCUCAGACCUAUUGGGGGCGAAGAGCCCAGGGGGAACCUUCCAGGGCCGGGACAUCCGAGGUGGAGCUCAUACCUCCUCCUCCUCCUCUUCCUCCUUGAAUCCCAUGCCACCAUCGCAACUGCAGCUGCCCACAGUGCCCCUAGUCAUGGUGGCACCCUCUGGGGUGCGGCUGGGCCCUUCGCCCCACUUGCAGGCACUCCUGCAGGACAGGCCACACUUCAUGCACCAGGUACGGACCCGCAGGGACGAGCAGGGAGGAGGGAUCAGGUGGGGGGGGACUGUGGGGAGGGAGCCCGGAGCCAAGUUGAACUGCAGCCUAUAUGUACCCCCUUCUCCAACCCAGCUCUCAGCAGUGGAUGCCCAGGCCCGGACCUCCGUGCUGCAGGUGCGCCCAUUGGAGAGCCCAGCCAUGCUCAGCCUCCCCCCACCGACCGCCACUGCCGGGGUCUUCUCCCUCAAGGCCCGACCCGGCCUGCCACCCGGUAACAUCUCAACCUGGCACCCCACGGCUUCACAGAACCCGACUCCUCAAAUCCUUGAACGAAUCAAUGUGGCCAGCUUGGAGUGGGUGUCCAGGGAGCCAGCACUACUCUGCACCUUCCCGAGCUCCAGCACACCCAGGAAGGACAGUACUCUUUCGGCUGCGCCCCAAGGCGCCUACCCAUUGCUGGCUAAUGGCGUGUGCAAGUGGCCAGGAUGUGAGAAGGUCUUUGAGGAGCCUGAGGACUUUCUCAAGCACUGCCAGGCAGACCACCUCCUGGACGAGAAGGGCAGGGCGCAGUGUCUCCUCCAGAGAGAGGUGGUACAGUCUCUAGAGCAGCAGCUGGUGCUGGAGAAGGAGAAGCUGGAUGCUAUGCAGGCCCACCUGGCCCGCAAAAUGUCACUGAACAAGGAUCCAUCUGUGGCGCCAUCUGACAAGGGGUCCUGCUGCAUCGUAGCUGCUGGCGCCCAGGGCAGCAUUGGGCCUGCCUGGCCCAGCUCCCAGGAAGCCUCAGACAGCCUGUUCGCGGUACGGAGGCACCUGUGGGGUAGCCAUGGCAACAGCACAUUCCCAGAGUUCUUCCACAACAUGGACUACUUCAAGUUCCACAACAUGAGGCCCCCUUUCACCUACGCCACCCUCAUCCGCUGGGCCAUUCUGGAGGCUCCAGAGAAGCAGCGGACGCUCAAUGAAAUCUACCACUGGUUCACACGCAUGUUCGCCUUCUUCCGAAACCACCCUGCCACCUGGAAGAAUGCCAUCCGCCAUAACCUGAGCCUGCACAAGUGCUUCGUGCGGGUAGAGAGUGAGAAGGGGGCCGUGUGGACCGUGGAUGAGUUCGAAUUCCGCAAGAAAAGGAGCCAGAGGACCAGCAGGUGCUCCAACCCUACACCUGGCCCCUAACUACAAAGAAAGGAAAGAAGCAAGGGCAGAAGGGCCAAA